GUUACCUGCUGCCUCCCAAUAAUGCAACUCGGCCCUGAAAGGUCUACCAGGCUUCGGCCUCAUUCCCCGAAAUCGGGUAGCAGGUCCAUUUAGGUUCAGUCUCCCUCAGUGUUUCUAAACAGCACAUCGCGAAUACGCUACACCGGUGGUACCGUCUAUGACCUGGGUUACCAAGCAGUACAUAGCCAAACGAGCUAGUUAGCAGCAAGUGCCUGAAGUUGUUCAUGAAAAAUGGCUAGCCUGCCAUUUAUCCCAAGAAAGAACUGACAAGUACAUCCAUCCCUUGAACAUUAAUCGUACAUUGCCGUAUAAACGUUAAUCUUAUAACGACAUAAUUGCGUCUUGAACUUUUAUUUUCACGUUAACCCUGUCAGCUAUACGCAGUGCCGCUACGAGGCGUUCGCAGCGAACAACCACAUCCCCGGACAGAAUUACACAGACAAGGCUUCGUUUCAACGUUGAGUCCAAUGCUUACAGAAGUUAGUCAACCUACCUACCCGCAAUGUGUGGCUUCGGUUACCGCCUCGCUGUUGCUGGGGGGUCGCCCUUCCUCGCCUCAGCCCAUCUCCGAUCCAGGCAGCAACACAGACCCUCAGCACCGCGGGGUGAAGGCGACUGAAAGCGUAGGAAUAGCGGAGAUCGUCAACUAUGGAGAUGAUCACUCUGAGCUGAAAACUGAAAUGCACUGGGCACUUCUAAACGACGCUGUCGCCAUGGAAGAUGAGGAGGAGGACACUCUUUCUGAGCUGCAGGCCUUCCCUUCCCAGCCAAGGUUUCGCUCUCACAGCGAUGCCUCGGGCUUUGCCGCCAGAAUCCUUUGGAGGCUCAGAGGAGCUCUCACAGUUGAUGGAUUGGAGAAAUCAUCAUCACUGGCCAGCUGCGACGUGGUGGUGGACAACAGUUCCGGCACCCACAAUGUGCCCGGGUCACGGCAGCAGCGAGGCAAGCUGUCCUCUUUAGGGAGACUCUUCAAACCCUGGAAGUGGAGGAAAAAAAAAAGCAGCGACAGGUUCCAGGAUCUCUCCAAAGUUUUAGAGAGAAAAAUCUCAACGAGACAAACGAGAGAGGAGCUUAUCAAGAAGGGAGUGCUAGUUCCGGAACAAGAUGAGCCUGUCAGCAGGGAAAUCCAGAAUGGACACGCCACAUCCAGCAUCUCAUCGGAGCAGGUCAAAGUUGAAAUUGAAACCAAGCUGACCCACGCCGCAGAUCCUCCUGGCCCCGUGAACACUGAAGACAAUACAGCCAAGUCCUCUCAUCCAAAGAAGACGCAGGGAGGUGCAACGAAAACCACCGCAACUGCCACAUCGUACUCCACUAUCCCUCCUCGCUCACGGACCCCUAAAGAUGCUGAGGUGCACAGCAGAGGCACUGGAGCCCGGACCAGCCGGAAACCAGUAGCCGAUUCUCAGAAGGCUACUGUGGAGGUUCUCAGUAAUCCAGAGGAAGUCAACUCCUCGAACGUCCCCGUGAGCUCUUCUCAAGUCACCCUCCCCGAAGUUGAGGAGACUCCUGUUGCUUCCCAAGACACCUUAGCGGACAAAGCUCCUAACGGCGAUACUUCUGCAUGCCAAGAGACACUCAAAGAGCCGUCCUCUGACACCUCAGUCCCCCCCCUACACAUCAACACUGCCACAGAGGACACGUCUUUCACAGAGGGGCUUGUCGAGGGCGACGGCCAACAGAAGAAAGAAUACAGGACUGGGGAGGAAGUGGGAGAGUCGCAAAAGGAAAACGUUGAUCCUGCUGAAGAGACGCACUCGAGCCCGGCUGACGGGGAUGGCGUGAUGUCACCGGGGCACAGUGUGAACAUCCAGCAGGCCGAGGUGAUAGUGAUCCCUGACCGGCCUGCAGAGAGCCAUGCUAGCGACUCUGACUCUGAUGGACCCAUCCUGUACCGAGAUGAAGAGGAGGAAGAAGAGGAGGACGAGUACCUAAACAGUUCACUGGCCAGCAAGAUCCGGCGAAGGGACACCCUCAACAUCAAACUUGGGAAUCGCCCCAGCAAGAGGGAGCUGGAGGAGAAAAACAUCCUUCCGCGCAGCUCUGAGACAGAGAGACACGAGCUCCGCCAGCAGAUCGGCUCUAAACUCGUCAGGCGCUUGAGCCAAAGACCAACCACAGAGGAGCUGGAGCAGCGGAACAUUCUCAGACAGAAGAAUGACGUAGAGGAACAUGAAGCCAAGCAGGAGAUCAAACGGAAACUUUCCAGAAAGCUUAGCGUGCGCCCAACGGUGGCUGAAUUGAUCGCUCGACGAAUCCUGCGUUUUAACGAAUAUGUGGAGGUCACGGAUGCCAAGGACUAUGACAGGCGGGCUGACAAGCCGUGGACGCGACUCACACCUGCUGACAAGGCUGCCAUCCGCAAGGAGCUCAAUGAGUUCAAGAGCAGGGAGAUGGAAGUGCACGAGGACAGUAAACAGUUUACCAGAUUUCACCGGCCCUAGUGUAAUGUGGACGAUGGCAUGAAAAGCUCCAAAAAAGAAAAGUCCUUCAGACCUGCUGCUGUUUGUCAGUCAAGGCACUCCACCAUGUGUACUUCUGUGCUGACAACAAAUGUGGGGUUUAGCUAAAGGGCCGGGGCUCUCCAUGCGGCUCACUCAUGGGAUUUUAUUGCACAUACUGUACCUAUACUCGGAAAAGUGGUGUCUCGUUAAGAGUGAUUAAUUUAUUUUGGAGCGCAAGGAGGACUUGCUGGAAAAUGUUUUUGUUUUUCUUCGCCCUCUGCGAGGUGUAAAAUAGUGCGUUAUUCCAGGUAUGAAUGUGGCUCAAGAGAACUGUUGCCUUCAUGCAAAAAUGUAUGCUUUGUUCUGUUCGGGACCACCAAGCAAUGGACCAUGAGGAACUGUUGUGAAAUGAUUGGGCCACUAGAGGGCAUUAUGUCAUAAGCAUAUUUGCUUGCUGGGCUGGCAUGGUAGAUAAUCUGCAGUGGAGCCAAGGACUUUGGCUCUUAGACGUCUGUUGUGUUAAGUGCUUUAAAAAUAUAUAUUCCUUAAGUGCUUAAAAUGCUCUUUGAAAGUUGUACUUUUAAAGCUUUUUAAUCUGUUUGAAUCAUUUUUAGCUUAUUCACAGAGUGUCUUGGUGCCAAAAACCUAAUUGCAUUCUUUAAACCCAUUUCUGCAAACAUUCUCUCUUUCAUCUUUAAUGUUUCCCCUCGACAUUUUGAGCCCCUUUUGACAUUGAAGUCGAUGUUUUGCUGCGUUUUUACCGCAAUUGUUUAAAACUUUGAUGAGCCAUCUUGCACUUGCAGCACAGUUCCAUUCAUCAGGCUAUGGCAAGCUCAGUUGAAUUGAUGAAUCUUUACACUAUGCUGCUUAUAUCCCUAAAAAGCCGUCUUAGAGUCAAAUUUGUCAAUCUGCUGUGUGCUAUGAAAGAGAGAUUGCAGUUGUACGUGGGUUGAAACAGGGUCUAAGAUUAGAUUUCUGCAAGCUGAAAACUGAAAAGUCUCCUUUUCAGCUUUUUGUUGCAGUCUUUUUCAUUGGUUAAAUUGUUUGAUUAGACAAGACAAUUGAACUCACUAUCUUGUCUCACCAGUCUGUCUGUGCUAAACUAGGCAUCGCUAAAACCAAAGUGAGACAAUGUUGCUUCCAAAUUAAGUACUCCAAGUGAAGUGAUGAUAUAAUGGCAUGUUGUUUUAUGACAGCAUACUUUUGUAUGGGUGACCUGAGUUGACUCCAUCUUUAUGCUUUUGUACCAUUCUAACACAGUAUGUCGAAUAUGAACUUCAAGGGGUAAAUUAAUCAUGAUUUGUCGCUCUGUAAACCUCACCUACAUGCAAACAUAAGCUGUUAUAUAUCUCAAAGCAGUCAAAUACAAUAUUUCUGUCACAUUUCCGCUACUAUAGUAGUGUGGCUAAAAGUAAUUGACGGUCUCAUCAGGACUUGUUGCUGCUGCAUUGUAUGUACACGUAAACGUAAAGUCAUGUACAGUUCAACAGUAUUGAGUAUUCCUUUACAAUGUGUAUCAUGUACUGUAUAAUAAUUAUUUUGUACAAAUUGUAUAUGGAGCAUGUGCAUAAACAGUCGAUUUUACGCCCCAAUACAACUAUGCCCUAAAUGUUUUAAACUUUUGACUUGUCUUUAUUCAGUUGGAAUACUAUGUUUUCUCUGGGUACUCUGAAUUCCUACCACAUUUGAAAAACCUUCUAUUCAAACACUUUUGGUCUGUUUUAAAGAGCGAUAACAUUUUUAUAUGUCACCUUUUAAAAUAUGUGCUGCUUCGAUAGUGUCGGACUCACUCCCUUUGGUUGGUUAAAGGACAAACCCAUCAGCUUGAACUCAUUGUGCUUAACGGCUACUGUCGAUUAAGCGGGCCGACAGCUCGUUAAAUCUGUUCCGCUUGAAGCCAAGUGAGCUUGUUAGCCAGCUCUCUGGCAUUAGUGUUAAUCAAAGUGUCGUCACCUUGUUUGUGUGUCUGCCCGCUACCAUUAGCGUUAAAAGGUGGAGCAGGCAGCAGAAAAUUAGCAUGGGUUCGUUAUUUCGUUUUACAGCCAAUUCUAAGUUGUUCUUGUUUUCAGAACAGAAUUAAAAAGUAAUGUAUAGUGAUAAUAUUUGGUUUUGUUUUCCAGAAUGAGAUUGGCUGCCAUAAAACAUGUAUUAAUUGGCUGCAUCAGGAGUCACCAAACUGCCAGCUACGGAUCACGUUUGGUACCAGGCCGCACAGAAAGAAUACAUAAUUUGCAUUAUUUCAGUCGUAUUUAUUAUCUGAUGUUGAGCAAUGUUUUGUUUUGAAAAAUGACCAGAUUUUCUCCAACGCAACAUUUACCUGUGCUCUUGACACGUCACUAUGCUUUUCUCAGUCACACGCAUUCAAUAACGCUAUCAUAAAACCGUAAGCUAUCAAAAUG